CUCUAGAGGCAGAGUUGUCCCACUUUCAUUCGCAGCUCCCUUCGAAAAGAUGAAGUGCACAUACUGCUCAUCGGCGCAGGGCCGGUGCUCAACGACCUCGACCGGCCGAUCAAUCACCGAGUGCACAUCGUGCGGCCGCGUGGUGGAAGAGCGUCAGUUUCAACCGCAUCAUCUCUUCCACGUUCGAGCUCAAGACAAUCCUCUCUGCCUCGUCACCUCCGACCUUCCCUGCGUCGACCAGGCGGCGGAGCAAGGGGACGAAAUAGGAGAAGCAGAAGAGGAUCCGUUCGAGCCGACGGGAUUCAUCACCGCCUUCUCCACCUGGUCUCUGGAGCCCACCCCGAUCUCCCUCCGCUCUUCUCUCUCCUUCUCCGGCCACCUCGCCGAGCUCGAGCGGAUCCUCGAAUUGACCACCGGCUCCUCCUCCGCCGCGCCGCCGCCGCCGCUUCCGCCUGCAUCGUCGAAUUCGAAUUCUAACUCGUCGACUGUCGUGGUUGACAAUUUGAGAGCGUAUAUGCAGAUUAUCGACGUAGCUUCGAUUCUAGGGUUGGAUUCCGAUAUCUCCGAUCACGCGUUCCAGCUUUUUAGGGAUUGUUGCUCUGCUACUUGUUUGAGAAACCGCAGCGUUGAAGCCCUUGCCACCGCCGCCCUUGUUCAGGCCAUUCGCGAGGCUCAGGAGCCCAGAACUCUCCAGGAAAUCUCCAUUGCUGCCAAUGUCCCACAGAAGGAGAUUGGGAAAUACAUAAAGAUACUAGGAGAAGCUCUGCAGCUUAGCCAGCCCCUUAAUAGCAAUUCCAUCUCUGUUCAUAUGCCCAGAUUCUGCAACCUCCUCCAACUCAACAAAUCUGCUCAGGAGCUGGCAACUCAUAUAGGAGAAGUAGUGAUCAACAAGUGUUUCUGCACAAGAAGGAACCCAAUUAGCAUAUCUGCAGCGGCCAUAUAUCUAGCAUGCCAAUUAGAAGACAAGCGGAAGACACAAGCAGAGAUUUGCAAGGUCACUGGACUUACUGAGGUAACCCUACGGAAAGUGUACAAGGAGCUCUUGGAGAACUGGGAUGAUCUUCUUCCAUCCAACUACACUCCAGCAGUCCCUCCAGAGAAAGCAUUUCCCACCACCACGUUUACUUCAGGUCGUUCUGCGGUGCUGCAGCCUAGAGCCGAGCCGCCACUUGAAUUCAUGUCCUCGGAGAAAGACAAGCAACAGCCAGAGAACAAACCGAAUGAGGUGAUGAUGAUGUCGCCACAUGGGAACGAAGGGAAUUGCAGCAAUUCCUCACAGGGGAUUAAUAACAGUACAUCUCCGGCGUGGCAUACUUUCAGGCAGCCAUGGCUUCAGUUUGCAACUCCUGGAGAGAAAUCAGCCUGUGGUCAGGGUAGUCCUUCAGAAUCUGCGCCCGGUCGUCGUGUUAUGGACGAGAAGUUAGAUAGGCAUAAGAUGGAUACAGAUGCUACUGCUACUACUUCAGCAGGAGUUGGUGCUGGUAAGGGAAACCAAUUUGCAACUACUGCCACAUCUUCAAGUAUGAGUACAAUCACUUGGCCAUUUCGGUCUACUUCCUCGUCUUCUUCAGCUGGCUCUCCCAUCAUUCAGCCGCCACCUAAGCUGGCACCAGGGUUUGCAGAACUGAAAGCUGUUGGCAGCAACCACCAAACUGGAGGCAAAAAUGCCACUGGUGGAGAUGGAAAGUGGCAAAUCUGAUUAAAUCUUGUUGCCGUUGUGGCUGUUGCUAAUGCUCCAAGGAAGCAUUGUAGAGAAAGCAAUGAUCGUAGGGGUACUGAUCUCGAACCCCCGAAGCGAGGUCACCCUGAGGAACACGAAUCGCGAUCCAGCUUGAUAGAAGAUUAAAUGUUGUCGGAGGCGUGUAUCCUAGGAUUAAAUGUAUCUAGGUGGUCUGAUACAACAUUUAAUAUUCGAAUCUUCACCGACUCAACUAGUCCCUCUUUCGCAAAUCCUCAUUCUCCUUUUCAUUCUCUCUAACUUUAUCGUUGGAGAGCGUCCCAAGCACCCCGUGUAUCCUAGAGUCACCCCUAGUCCCUACUCAUACUUCAAGAGAAUCUCGAGUGCAAACUUUAUAGUGUUUGGACGACAUCUCCCAAUGACAUCAAUAGGAGCAUUAGGAUGGGAGUCUCGCGUGUGACUGUGGCUAAAGCAAAGGGAUAUCGAAGAGUUUCGUCAAAAUUCAAUACGUUUUGUGUUUUGUAGAGAAAGUGUUGUAAAUAAAUAUUUAUCCUAAUA